GCCGUAGGGGCAAUUGAAGCAUCAAAAAAUCGGCACAUUAAAAGAGUUGUGAGGGCUAGAUAAUAUCUUCCAAUGCUCUUAAUUGCGGCCUAACUCCGACUUGUUUAAACCUUCGUUUCCCCCCAAUCUCAAGCCCAAGCAAGUCAGAACACCUGCAGGCUCUUCUCCCGCUGGACUCCUUGGCAAGUUAGGUAGCACAUCACUCGCCUUCACGCUUCCCACCCACCUCAAAAAGACGGGGACAAGACAGUAAACCCCUCCCACCUCCUACAUCCCUCCAUCUCCCGCCAUGCUCUCCCUCCCGCAACUGGUCGCCCUGUGCGUGGCGGCCAUGUUCGCCUACGACCCCGUAGCGCGCCUGCUCGGGUUCGGCGGACAACAGCAGACCAUGUCGUCGUCACAGCACGGCUCACCGAGGAGUCGUCACCACCACCGCCCGAACCUCACCGAGGCGCUUCACGCCCUCGAGGACGUCGUCAACGGCACCAGGGUCGGGGUCGAGGGGCUGCGGUGUGAGCCGGACUCGCUCGCCGUGCACGUAUUUUCCAGGCAGCCGUUGGUGUUGUACGUCGAGAACUUUUUGUCUGUGGAUGAUAGGAGGCAUUUACUUGAUAUUAGCGAGCCGAUUUACACACCAUCCACGGUCACAGACGACGCGGGACCUCGUCGGGACAAGUCGAUCCGCGACUCGGAGGUGGCACUCGUCCCCCGCACCGACACGGUGAGGUGCAUCGAGGCCCGGGCGAGGAGCCUCCAGGGCUGGCGCGACGAGACGUGGAUCGAGCGGCUCCGGGUGCAGCGCUACCACGUCGGCGGCCACUACGGGCAUCAUUUUGACUGGAUGGAACCACGUAUGGGCUACGCGCGCGUCAGCAGCAUCAUGGCCUGGGUCGGCGACGGCGACGGCUCGCUCGUCGGCGGCGGCACCGAGUUCCCUCUCCUGCAGAGGCCGAGCUCGGACGACCGGUGGUGCAAGUUCGUCAUCGGCUGCGGCGGUAGUGAUGAUGCCGAAAAGGAUCAACGACGACAAGGAGGUGUCGUCUUCAAGCCCAUCGUCGGCAACGCCGUGUUUUGGGAAAACUUCAACCCGCAAGCCGGGCCCGGGGGCGUCGUCAGAGGCUAUGAGGAGUCGUGGCACGCCGGGUUGCCGGUCGAGCGCGGCGUCAAGGUCGGCUUGAAUGUUUGGAGCUACGGUAGGGUAGAUUGAACCAUCAGGUGGACUUUGCCUAGAUUUGCGAUGCCUAUAGUGUACCCACUGAGUGAUAUGGGGCAAUUCAUGCGGUUGCAGUGAUGGCGAGAACUAAGCCUAUCUUGUAAAACUGACAAAUCUAAGAAUCAGCCAUAUUAGCGACAACAAAACGCCAGCUACAUAAAUCGUUCCCGCACACUUAGUUGUCUCGAAGCACAACAAAUUGAAAAUAAGAGGUAAAAAGGCAAAAUAAAAAUCCAAAAUUCCGCUCUAGAGUACACUAAAUACCCUUUCAAAAAUUGAAGAUGUUUGGCGGAG